AUGGAUGGUGUUUUGGACGAAUAUUACCUUAACAGAAGAAAUUUGGAAGGAGGGAUUCUAUACCCAGAGAUGUCCCAGUUUCUAACAUCUCUCCCUGGUUACCUUAAGUUUGUCCUUCUCUUUGGAUUCCUCACACUUGAAGGCGCUCAACAAGCGGUUGCUGCCUACAUGGUGGCUUUAGUUCAAUGCCUACACCCAUGGGAUACUCACAAAUACGAUACAUCUGAUCAGGAAACCUGGGCAAUGACAAUCAUAUGUGUUGUUCUAGGGCGGUCAUUUCAUCACGUCAAUGAUAUCCUUCCUGGCAGAUUUGGUGACACUGAUCUACUUGUUAACGACGUUGCUGCAGUUGUCCUUCUGGUACUGGUGUAUUUUGGGGUUUCGACCUUGGUUGAAGCCAGCUUUGGUGAUGGUCUUAAGGCAGAAGAAGAACAGAAUGAAGCAAAGCUGGCUGUUUCACAAUUUUCAGGAAAUGAAUCUGGGAUUUUGGCCACAGCUAAUACAGUCAUUAGCACUUUCCUGCUUUCUUUUGUUGCAGAAUGGGGUGAUAAAUAUCUCUACAAAAAUAUUGCACUUGUUGUCGCGUCUUCGCCUCUUGGAGUCGUUGGAGGGGCAUUAGCCAGUCAUGGAGUUGCAACUUCGCUGGCUGUGUUGGGGGGCUCUUUACUAGGGACAUUCUCAUCUGAGAAGGUAGUUGCCUACAUUGGCGUAACUCUUUUCGCAGUCUUCGCCUCAGUAACAUUGGUCGAGACAGUAACUUAA